AAAAAUGAAUUUACUCGAAAUGUUAAGUUUUAACAGGCGGCACUACUAACAGCAUGGAAGUUAGUAACAAUCAAAAUGGCUGCUACCAACUCGAAUAUAUCCAGUGAUAGUCCAACUAAGAAAGAGGACGAAUUCAAUGAAUUUUAUUCCGAAGUAAAAGAAAUAGAAAAAAGAGAUUCGGUCUUAACUCCUAAACAACAAAUCGACAGAUUAUUACGACCCGGAUCAUCUUAUUUUAAUUUAAAUCCUUUUGAAGUAUUACAAAUUGAUCCAUCCACAUCUAUAGAUGAAAUCAAAAAAAAAUAUCGACGUAUGUCGAUUCUUGUACAUCCUGAUAAAAAUCAAGAUGAUGCAGAACGUGCACAACAAGCAUUCGAAAUUGUUAACAAAGCAUGGAAAACAUUGGAAAAUGAAGAAACUAGAGCUAAAUGCAUGGAUGUUAUUGAAGAAGCAAAAGCUAGAACUGAUCAUAUGAUUGCAGAAAAAAAGAAAAAAAUGAAAAAAGAAGGAAAAACAGAAAGUGCAAAUAUACUUGAAGAAGAAACAGAAGAAGGUUACAAGCAUGCAGUUUGGGUUAUGACAAUGAAACUCUUUGCUGAUAUGGAAAGAAGAAGGAGAGAAUUAGCAACUAGAGAUGCAGAACAACGUAAAAGGAAACGAGAAGAAGAAUUAUCUGCAGAAGCACAAGCUGCAUUAGAACGUGAGUGGCAAAAAAAUUUUGAGGAAUCUCGACAAUCAAGAGUUGAUAGUUGGAAAGCUUUUCAAUCUGGUGCUAAUGCCACAAAACAAAAGAAAGCAAAAAAAUUAAAAGCUUUUAGGCCUCCUAAAACGAAAGCUGAAUCACGAUAAUUAUAUAAUUGUUCCUGAUGCCUGACAUAGAUUCUUUCAUUUGAUAUAUUUCAUACUUCUUGCAAAAAAAAAAGUAGUUUAAAUAGCAUGUUCUCACUAUGUGAUAUCAGAUUUCUGAAUUUAUUAAAACUAAUUGGAAUUGUUCUUGUUUAAAAUUUAUUUGUUAAUUAAAAAUUUGCGAUUUAAAUCUAGUUAAAUAUACAUCAAAAUCAGGUAUCAAAGUAGAGAAUUAGUUGUAAACAGAAUGAAUACAUUGAGCAGCAAAGUGUGAGUAUGGUUAAUGUAUGUAUCUUAAGAAUAAUUUGUAUGUUUGUUGAAUGUAUAUGUAUGUAUGAACGUAUAUAGUUGUGAUAUACUUACAUGGCCCGAGUAAGUAACUUUAAUAUAAUACCUUAACCUGAUCUAAUUAUUGCAUAAAACUUAAGAUUAUAUACAUUUGUAUUAUAAAUUGUUGGAUAACAAAUGUCAAUUUUAUGAUAUACAUGUACCUCAUAUUUUUAUCUGAAAUAUACAAUGACAUGAUA